UAAAACUGAGAUGUGAACAGGUCUCGGAUCUCUCUUCUCUUAUCCUUAUCUAUGAAAUAUGAAUAGAUCCUUCUGAUAACUUACAAGUAAUUAAUAAUUUUCACUGAAGUUCAAUAGAUUUACACAUAUUUUAGGACAGAUUUUAAAUAAAAUGGGCGAUUCUGAAAACCUUCCAAUAUCUAAUGAAGAGGCUUUAAAUUUGUGUAAAGAGCCAUCAAGAGACACAAAGGAUUUUAUCAUGCAACAAACAAUGUACAGAAUUAAAGAUCCAAAAAAGUCCAUUCCUUUCUAUACAGAAGUUUUGGGAAUGCAGUUGCUAACAAAACUAGAUUUUCCUUCAAUGAAAUUUUCACUAUAUUUUUUUGGUUAUGAGAAGCCGGAAGAUAUACAAAAUGAACUUUCUUCCCCAGAACGAAUUGAGUGGACCUUUGGUAGAAAAGCAACAAUUGAAUUAACACAUAACUGGGGAACAGAAAAUGAUGACAGUUAUAAACCACACAAUGGAAAUCAGGAACCAAAAGGAUUUGGUCAUAUUGGCGUUAUGGUGCCGGAUGUUUACAAAGCUUGCGAACGAUUUGAAAAACUUGGCGUCAAUUUUAUAAAGAGACCCGAUGAUGGAAAAAUGAAGGGCUUAGCCUUCAUUACAGAUCCUGAUGGAUAUUGGAUUGAAAUAUUUAAUAACAAAGCGACAGCCGGUGUUGUUAAAAAAUCUUAAGGCUUUUUUACUUUGAUUCCUUCUUGUAUAUUGUUUACUGUAUUGUAAAUAAAUUUAUCACUAUUA